AUGGCUCAAUCUCUUCCGCCAGAACCCAUGAAGCUGUCUCCUCACCAGGAAGCAAUGGAAGAAGCAUGCAAGGCUGGUCAAGUCGCCGAGUUACAGAAACUUUUUAACGAGCACGAUGUUAAGGAGGGCGACGACCCUAUACCUUACUGGCAUGCCACGCCACAGGGUGCGCCCGCGACAGAUACGCUGUUCGCCGCCGCCAUUUCGCAUAAACAGCAGUCAAUCGUCCAAUAUCUGCGCUCGGUGUAUCCCAAACUCGACUUUUCCAUUCCCACAAUCAUCGGUGCCCUCACUGCGACGCCAGACCUCGACAUGCUCAAGUUGAUUUACUCCUACUCGCCUCGGAUUGUGAACUUUGGGUUCGAUGACCACGUCACGACGUUUUUGAGCAAGGCGUGUGAAGGCGGUCCUCAAAAUGCACCAUUUGUAAACUUCCUCUUGGACCACGGGGCCAUGGCCGACGACUUUGGGAGCUACACAUACCAAUUUGGAGCAGAACUACUGCCCGCCCUUCAACAUGACCAGCCAACACACAUCAUCAAGAAGAUGAUCCCCAGGACGUCUCGUUUGCCGUUUCCUAUUGACGUGGCGAUCAGUCGGAAACGUGUCGACAUACUCGAGCUGCUUUUGAAUGAGGAGGAGAAGAGGGGAAAACGUUCCCGCGAUGGAAUAUAUGAGCAGGCGUUGCUACAUCAUGCACAUGAAACCGAAGAUAAGACUGUGAUCGCCUUGGUGGAACGGUUCGUGGCGAAUUUUACUGCCGCCAGAAAUCUCCAAUCCACGAGGGCCACCACGGAGAGCAGGAGAUGGUGGCAGUUCAGUGCGCGGGCUGACUCCAAGGGUCACACCGAUGGUAAGGACUCUAGCAGCGCGUCUCGGACUGGUGCCGGCAAGUCGUGGUGGCCGCUGUCGAAGGUUACGCCUGUACCCGAGUCUGCUGAUUCACACCGGAAGGAGGCACCACCCGAUUCGGAUUCGGAUUAA